CCUAACUACAAAGGAAAUCUCUGUACUAUGUUACAUUGUUUUUGGUAGUAGUUUUUGAACUAGACAGGAAUCAGGAAGAGGCCACGUCGGCACUUCGCCUUCGUGGCCAAUUUUCGACUACAACAAAUCGAACAUUGCUGAAGUUAGUUAAAAAGAAGACGAAGGAUGAUCAUGUUCAUGACGGGUCCACGUUAUAAACCUCCUCCCGGCGUAGGCGUACUGGCCGCGCUGUUCACGCUGCUGAGCCGCGGAGUGGUCACCGGAACGGAGGGGAGGACUACAACUAGGGCUGCAGGAGCAUUAAAGGGCUCGUCAAACAAUGGCGCCGUGGGCAAGAUCCUUGAGACUCUGCAGAAUCUCGCAGAUUCUAUGGCAGAGGAAAACAAGGCUGAUGCAGAGAACUAUCGUGCGACCUUUCAAUGGUGUCAAAGCACGUUCAAGAGUCGUAAGGACGCUGAGGCUGAGCAUGAGGCGAUUGCAAACGAGUUGCGGUCGAAGGCGAAAGUUUAUGAUCGACCAUAGAGGUUGUAGAUCUAUUAACCCUUAAGAAUUAUUAUACGAUAGGAGGUAGUUAUUUAAUAGGUUCUCCUUCUCUUUUUCAUCUCCCAUUUAUUUCUUGACUUCCUUUCUUCAAAAUCAUCACAAAUACAAAUUCAUAGACUCAGAGGACAUAACUUUUUCCUCUUCUAACUCCUAACCGAAGCAGUAAACCGCCAACUCAAAGACGAAGUAGGCUCCCUGAACGCGGAAAUUCAAGAUGCAGUGGCUGCUAUUGAGCAAGGAUCACGUCUGCGACAGACCGAGCAUGAAGACUACUUGCGUGAACAGAAGGGCACGGCCGACUCUCUAUCCAUGCUGAACCGCGCAAGCGAAGCCUUGAGAGGUCGAAAUGGUCAAGUCGAUCGGCAGACGCUCAUGUUAAGGCUAUAAUAUGUGACUCAUCCCCGACCGCAGGCGUGCAUAGGGGUCCGUCAACCAGAGUAAGUAUCUACUAUGGGAUAUAUUAAAAUUUGAGGGAUCCAUCUCGGCAGUCGUGAUAAACUCGAUUUAUAUCUUUUUAGCAGGUCUAAUCGUUCAGGUAGCGGCCAACGUGAAGCAGAUUGCAGAGGCCUCUGGCCUCGCGAGUGAGGCUGAGAAGGUGCAACUAUGGGACGCGGCUGAAUUUGGAGGGAGGCAAGUCGACUUGCAUUAAGGCUUGUAAGUACUCAUCGCAUUGUUUCCCGGAAUGAAAUGAAAGUUGAUUUCAGCUACUGAAAGCUCUGCUAAUUCCAACAAGACAACGACCAAAUCGCUAUCCAGAGCACAAGGCAGAGUGUGGAGGCAGUGCUGAAGCAACUAACGUCGACGUUCACUCAAUCAAUCGAAACAGCGCAAGAGCAGGAGAAGCAUGCUUUGUUAUGUUUUCACUAGGCUUUCUUCAACAUUUCGUGGCACCAUUGACUCCUCAUAAUUUUUCUACUUGCAUACAAGAAGAUGAAAUUGGACUUGAACAAUGUUUUUUACACACUGACACACAGACUCUAAUCCCAGAGGAGUACGACUCCCUCAUCCGCCUCAAAAAACAAGCGCUCCUACAGCUACAAACGGCCAAGGACAGCAAGGACGCAGCCUUGGCUGAAUCCGAACAGCGUAUUGCCCAGCUGAAGCGUGCUCUACAGGAUGCUGAGCAAGUAAGCGGCGCAAGUAAGGACUACAUCUCGGCUUUGAAGAAGGUAUGCAUGGACGCCAGCAACGGAUGGGCAGCUAGACAGUCAGCGCAACAGGAGGUCCUGUCUGGAUUGCAAGAUGCUGGAAGAGUGAUUCAAGAUUUGGAAGCGCCACAAGACCAAGUCCAAGACACUAACAAUGACUACCCCACGACGACCGAGCAGUUCAUCCCAGCUACAACAUCAUUUUUGCAGGAAAUGAGUACAACGACAACUAAGACCAAGAGUAGAGGAGAGACCUUUUCUUCCACCUCUUCUUCCUAUGACGAUCUUGGCAUGUUUGCUCCGGGAGAACUUGGACGAGGUGCUAAUAACGACAUCCUUCCUGCGUAUUCUUCUUCGAGAAUGUACUCUACUGCGCCCUCUGUUAGCUCUUUGAGAGUCACGGCGUUUCCAUCCUCAAAUGGACAAGAAGCUGGGCACGAUCUUCGAAGCGAAGAGCAAACCGGGAGAAUCAACACAGCGGAAACGCCGAUCUCAUCUUUAUCAGAAUCCUCUAGUUCUCCUUCUAGUUCUUCUUCCAGAAACAACAAAGAAGCCACGUUUGCUAGUGUCAAGAAUAUGGUCCAAAAGAUGAUGCGCGAAAUCAAGGAGGCCACGGAGAACGAGGACUCCCACAAGAGGUGGUGCGAAGCAGAGGUCUCAAAGAGUGAGGGGAUAGAACAGGAUAAGAGCGCCAAACUACGACGCGUGAGCACGAAAGUCGACAACGAGAAAGAAGCUUUGGGGGAAAUCCAGCAGAAUUUGGCUGUUUUGAUUAUGCAAGUUUUUUUUGGCUGUGCCAUGUCAUUUUUUUUUUGAUGUCCUCGUACACUCCGUCAUCUUCUAAGUAAGUGCUUAGCUGCCAUAGUAUGCCAAACCCAAAGGUAGUAUGCUUCUUUAUCAUGUCUCCGUCUUCCUCCUCUAAUUCCCAGCGUGAGCAACAACUCCUCAAGGGUGAGUUCCAAUCCGGAUUCGUCCAAGGCGCCAGACGCAGUGAAAAAGCGCUUUUUCAGAAAGCCUCGCAGAAUCACCAAGUCGCUGGACAAAUUUUACAGCAAGCGGUGGUGAUCUUGCAGCGUUACAACGCUUUGAUGCAAGAGAACGCUCUGCAUGAACAGCAAACGAAUUUCCUCAGUGCAGCUGCGGCUGGAGGCAAGGCAAUGCGGGAGAUGGAUAACAAGCCCAUUGAUGGACUGGCAGCGCUGCAGACGAAGUAUUACUAGUAAGUAUGAUAUGAUCUUGUUCAUAGCUGCAUGAUCUUGAUCUUGUUUUACUUACUUUGUCUUCGUAGUUCAUGAUCCUCUCAUUCUUCAUAUUCCAGUAACUGCGGCGUCUCUGUUCAUGAUUACUUAUACUUUGUAGUCCAUAUUCCACUAACUUCCCUUUCAUCUUCUACAUCUUUUCGCCUAUACUUUGUAGUCCAAAUUCCAGUAACUUCCCUUUCAUCUUCUACGAUUACUUAUACUUUGUAGUCCAUAUUCCAGUAACUUCCCUUUCCGCCGAGGUACCAACAGCUCCGAGAAGCCGCUGAGCGUAGCGAGAAUGCUGGUGAAUUGGGUGAAGAAGUUCUGGGUCGGUCCCUAGACACUCUCGAAGGCAAGCUCCAACAAGCCGUCCAAUAUCGAGAAAAUCUGGCCCUCCAGGCCCGCGCCGAGUUGGAUGCGGAUGGCGAAGAUGCGAGCGGUUUGAAAAAACAGGAACAAGCCGCAAACGACUACGUGACAUUAUGAGAACAAGUUGUCUUUGGCCAACAUGAUCACUUUGUUCCACUGACGCAUGUUGAGGACUAAUUCUUUUCGUUGUCGUGUAAUAGUAGCGGCUGCGUCUGCAGCAAUUGCCUUCAUCAUUUUGCUGUCGUGGUGUACUAGAAGAGUUGCUGCUCCUCCUGCUAACAACUGUAUAUAAUUAAGAAAGAUCAUCUUCUAACUCCCAAACUGAAAUCCGCCUGUGGUGACAUUCUUGGGCACUAUGACGAGCGACAGGGGCGUCGCGAAGCAAAUCUGAAGGCUCUAGAAGACGCUAGAAACCUGAUCAACGUCGAUAACGCAGACGAAAUCCAUGAGCAGUUGAGCAAGUUGGCGAAUAACGCCGAUGCUGCUGCUGGACAACUACUGGAGAUCAGUACUAGUGCUAGAGGUCCUGCUUCAAGUAGAGGAAGAGGUGGAAGCGAUGUUUCAUCUGGUACUCCUUUGUUCAAGAGCAACAUCAACAGCAUGAUGAGCACUAUGAACUUAGUAGAGGACAGCAGGUACGAACACAGCAGUGGUCCUAGUAGCAGCAGAGGCCCGCUUGUGACGAUGACAAAAAGACCACCUGCCACACCUUCUAAGGGAGGCAACAUGCUUCUGGAUCUGCAGAGUUUGCAGUCAAUCUCGAGUACGCAACGCGGUCUUGCUGAGGAAAAUCAAAAUGAUGUUUCUGGUGGAGGAAGCACAUUGGCUAUGUUGCCUGCAGGGGGGAUGGGCAUCUAAAAACGUAGGAGGCUCUCUGUCAGAGCAUCACUAUGGUAGUUAAGUUCAAAUUUCAUAUUUUUUCCGUGUCGAGGACGAGGAGGUGUUUGAUGAAGAUUGAUACUUGAUGUUGAUUCAUUCUGAUUGUUUUUUCCUGCAUAGUAUGAAACUAAAAGUGUACAGCAAGAACAGCUAGCAUGAUUUCAAUACAUCUGGAAUUUAUGGCAUAUGUGUUUUAUGCACAGAAAAUACCUUUACACGCCCGGCUUUGG